AUGGAGCACCGGGGCCGGCCACCCAUCCACCCAUGGCCCCCCCUCCCCCUCCCCCUCCCCGUCCCUCCCGUAACCCGGGCACCGCGGGGGGGACCCCCCCGCCUGCCGACCACCACCAUCACCAUCCUCAUCCUCGCGGCGCUGAGCCCCGCGCGGGCCUGCCCCGGCCGUGUGCCGCUGCUCGGCGGCCGCGUCUACUGCAACGACCGCGGGCUGACGGCCGUGCCCGAGGGGCUCCCUCCCGGUGCCACCACGCUGUUCCUGCAGAACAACCGCAUCGGCGACGCGGGCAUCCCGGCUCGCCUGGGCCGGCUGCCGGCGCUGCGGGUGCUUUACCUGUACGCCAACGCGCUGGAGCAGCUGCCGGCUCACCUGCCGCCGGCGCUGCGGGAGCUGCACCUGCAGGAGAACAACGUGCGGGGGCUCGACCGCCGGGCGCUGGCCCGGGCGCCGCUGCUCGAGCGCCUGCACCUGGACGAUAACUCGGUGUCGGCGGCCGGCAUCGAGGAGGACGCGUUCGCCGAGAACCGCCGGCUGCGCCUCCUCUUCCUCUCGCGCAACCACCUGAGCAGCGUCCCCGCGGGGCUGCCGCCGGCGCUGGAGGAGCUGCGCCUGGACGACAACCGCAUCCACACCAUCCCGCUGCGGGCCUUCGAGGGGCUGCCGGCGCUGCGGCGCCUGGUGCUGGACGGGAACCUGCUGGCGAACCAGCGCAUGGCCGACGACACCUUCAGCCGCCUGGGCAACCUCAGCGAGCUGUCGCUGGGUCGGAACGCGCUGGCGGCGCCGCCGGCCAACCUGCCCCGAGCCCGGCUCCGCCGCCUCUCGCUGGCCGCCAACGCCAUCAGCCACGUGCCCGCCGGAGCGCUGGCCAGGAUGAGGGCGCUGGAGAGGCUGGACCUGUCGGACAACAACCUGACCACGCUGCCCAGGGGGCUCUUCGACGACCUGGGCAGCCUGAGCCACCUGGGGCUGCGCAACAACCCCUGGUUCUGCGGCUGCAACCUGGCCUGGCUGCGGGACUGGCUGCGGCGCCGCGCCCCGCCGCGCCUGGAGGUGCGGGGGCUGCUGUGCCAGGCGCCGGCCAGGCUGCGGGGGGCUGCCGUGGGCGAGCUGCGCGGCGAGAUGGACGCCUGCGAGAGCCCGGCCGGCGGCGCGGCCGCGUCCCCCGCCGCGCCGCCGGUGUCCCCGGGCGGAGCGGCCGCCGCCGCGCCGGGGGCUCUGGGUGCAGGCGGCUCCGGAGGAGCCCUGCGGGUGCGGUGGCCGCCGGCUCCUCCCGGGGCGUCGCUGCGGCUCAGCUGGCUGCGGCCCGGCGGCGGAGCCGUCACCGAGACCUUGGUGCGGGGCGAGCGCGGCGAGUACGUGGUGCGGGCGCUGCAGCCGCGGGCCCCGUACCGGGUGUGCCUGGCCGCCCUGGAGCCCCCCGCCGCGCCCCCGCUCUGCGCCCAAGCCCGCGCCGGGGCCGGGGACCCCCCCCCGGCCGCCGCCCCUCCCGGGACGCCCCCCCGGCGCUGCCCCCGGCCGCGGCUCUGGGGGCGGCGGCGGCGGCGGCGGCCGGGGUGCGCCGCUCGCAGCCAAUGGGAGAAGCGGAAAAUUCCAGAAGUCCCUGAGGAGCCCAGCCAAUCAGCGCCCAGCGCCGGGAGAGUCUACCAAUGGGAGCGCGCGGGGGCGGGCCGCGAUGCCGGCUUCCGCCGGGGGGGGGGCGGCUCUGGUUAG